UCACCUUAAGAGAUCUUUGAUAAGAAUAUAUAUUUAUAUUAAACAUGGCAUUAGGCGUUGCAUUAUGGUUGUGUCCUAAACAAUCAUCAGCAAUUUAUGAUAAAUUGACUACAUUGAUGAGUUCAUUAAAUACGUUAUUUCCUGGUCAACCUCCUAGAUUUGAUCCACAUAUUACUAUCACGACCAACGUUGAUGUGAAUUUAGAAAAUCAGGAUCAAACUAGAGAAGAUGUCGAUAGAAUAUUAUCGGCAUGUGUUGCAGCAUUACAUUCAUUACCAAAAAAGCAUACAAAUCUUGUAACAUUAGGAAGAGUUAAUAGUCAAAGAAUGUUCUUCAAAAAGCUUUAUUUUCAAGUAGGCAAAGAUCCUAAUUUAUUAUCAUUUGCUCGAAUCAUUCGAGAAUUGUUUGUCAUAUUACCUCAAGAUAUAGAGUUAGAAAAUCAAAAAGUAAAUCCUCAUUUAUAUAGUAAAGAUUCAAAUGGAAUUCUUAAACGAAAGAAGCUGAAGAAAUCUAAAGCUAGUAGUACAAGUAAGUCUGAUAUGGAGCCUACUACUAAAGAGUUAGAUUUAAAAUAUCUACAAGAAAGAGCUGCUUAUAAGGCAGCUGAAUGGUCUGCACAAGAGUAUGACCCUCAUCUUUCAUUAGCAUACAGUGACAUUCAUCCAAUUGAUAAUGCAUUAUGGAGAACUAUCAAGACAAGAAUACUGGAUUAUUUGAAUAUUGAGAACUGUGAUGCUGAAGAUUUACUAGAUAAUGGCUAUGGCUGGGAUGGAGGAGUUCUUAAAUUGGUACUUUGCGAAGGGCCAGUCAACGAAUGGAUCACACUAGGCAGUGUUGACAUUCAUUAAACUCUCAACAAAAAUAUAUGAAGCAACUAAUAUGUACUUGUAAUUAGUUAAUUGUAUUAUUAAACCCUUUUAAUAUAAAAAUAUAGUCUACAAUUGUUAAAAUAAUUGAAAUACUAUAAACAAAAAAUAAUGAAGGAUGCGAGGUUCGAACUCGCGCGGACAACCGUCCAACAGAUCUUAAGUCUGCCGCCUUAGACCACUCGGCCAACCCUCCAAUUGUAUGAAAACCAAUGACGCGUUUUUCAAAAUCAGAUUUCAUUUAUCUGCUUAUAUGCAGGAUUUAGUGGUCUGUGUGCAGGAUUUU